GUUCUGUUGUGUGGUCUACUUGUUACAUGUCCUCAGGAUCCACUGAAGUAUUUAGAGGAAAUGAUCAUCACUAUAAUGAAAAGUGGCCUCAAAAGUCUUCUAUGGGAUAUGUGUAUUGAUCCAUCAAUGAAACCCAAAAUUCGGAGAUUAUCUGAAACUUACUUGGAACAACUUUUUGGAUUGGAUGAUCAGCUGAUGACUCCAGAAUUGAUGAUAAAAGCAUGUACUUUUUAUACCGGACAUUUAGUAAAGACCUACUUUUGCAGUUGGAAGGACAUAGUAAUACCUCAUAUAAAUGAAGAUAUAAAGACUGAAAAAAUCGAAAAAGCAAUACAAUAUGAGAAUUUCAGACUUCAAAAAUACAUAUUUUGUCACUGGCACUCUUAUGUGAAAGGUCAAAAAAAACAACUUAAAGAUACACUAUUGCGGAUCCAACAGAUAUUCUACUCUAACAAGCUAGCAAUGAUCCUAACUAAAUGGAGGGAUAAAGCAAGAUAUAACUACCAAAAGAAAGAUGAUGAGCUGUUGUUAAAACAUGAACUUCAAUUGAGAAAAUGGAGAAACAGGAUAAAAUACAAAAGAAAUGCUGAAGAACAUUUUCUUUUUCCUGACCGAAGUCUGUCUGCAAUCUCUUUAGUAGGUGAGAUUCCUGUAUGUGAUAUUUCACUGUUACCAGAAAGAGCAAUAUUGCAGAUUUUCUUCUACCUCAGUUUAAGAGAUGUGGUAAUAUGUAGUCAAGUUUGUCACUCCUGGAUGUCAAUGACACAAAUAAGCUUAUUGUGGAAUCAUAUUGAUUUUUCCACAGUAAAAAAUGUGAUCAUGGAAAAAUAUAUAGUGUCUACUCUGCAAAGGUGGCGUCUAAAUGUGCUGCGCUUGAAUUUUCGUGGUUGUAGUCUCCGACUGAAAACUUUGAGAUCUGUCAGCCUCUGUAAAAAUUUGCAAGAGCUGAAUGUCUCUGACUGCCCAACACUCACCGAUGAAUCAAUGAGGCACAUCUCUGAGGGCUGUCCUGGAGUCUUGUUUCUCAAUCUGUCUAAUACAACUAUCACCAACAGGACGAUGCGACUCCUACCAAGGCACUUCCACAACUUACAGAAUCUUAGUUUGGCUUAUUGCAGAAAGUUCACAGACAAAGGUUUACAGUACCUGAAUUUAGGAAACGGAUGCCACAAGCUCAUCUACUUGGACCUUUCUGGCUGCACCCAGAUUUCAGUCCAAGGCUUCAGGAACAUUGCGAACAGCUGCACUGGAAUUAUGCAUCUGACCAUCAAUGAUAUGCCAACUCUGACAGACAACUGUUUAAAAGUUUUGGUUGAGAAAUGUCCUCAUAUUACAUCAGUAGUUUUCCUUGGUGCUCCACAUAUCUCCGAUCGUGCCUUCAAAGCUCUUUCUACUUGUAACCUCAGAAAGAUCCGAUUCGAAGGAAAUAAAAGAAUUACUGAUGCAUGCUUCAGAUUUAUAGACAAGCAUUAUCCAAACAUUAAUCACAUUUACAUGGUGAACUGCAAGGGAAUAACAGAUGGUAGCCUCAAGUCACUCUCACCUUUGAAGCAACUUAGUGUGUUGAAUUUGGCAAAUUGUGUAAGAAUUGGUGAUGUGGGACUAAAGCAAUUUCUUGAUGGUCCUUCGAGCAUAAGGAUAAGAGAGCUAAAUUUAAGUAACUGUAUCAACCUCGGUGAUGCCUCUAUUGUGAAACUAUCAGAGCGGUGCCCUCACUUAAACUACUUGAAUUUACGAAAUUGUGAACAUGUGACUGACUUAGGAAUUGAAUGUAUUGUAAACAUCUUUUCCUUGAUAUCACUAGAUCUCUCUGGAACAGAUAUCUCUAAUGAGGGUUUGAUGAUACUUUCCAGACAUAGAAAAUUAAAGGAACUUUCUCUAUCUGAGUGUUAUAAAAUCACCGAUGCUGGAAUUCAGGCACUCUGCAAAGGCUCAAAGAUCUUGGAACACUUGGAUGUCUCUUACUGCCUCCAGCUAUCAGAUGUAAUUAUUGUAUCACUGGCCAUAUAUUGCCUUAACCUCACAUCUCUCAGCAUUGCUGGUUGUCCAAAGAUUACUGACUCAGCGAUAGAGAUAUUAUCGGCAAAAUGCCAUUACCUGCACAUUUUGGAUAUUUCCGGUUGUAUCCUGCUUACUGACCAAAUAUUUGAGGAUCUUCAGAUAGGCUGCAAACAACUCCGGAUCCUUAAGAUGAAAUACUGCAGACUUAUUUCCAAGGAGGCAGCUAAGAAAAUGGCAUCUAUAGUUCAGUACCAGGAAUACAGCCCUACUGAACCUCCACUUUGGUUUGGCUAUAACUGUGAAGGCAAGCCUCUAACAGAGAGCAACGGGAUUUAA